CGGACUUCUGGCUAGCUCCGCAGCCACGCGUCCGGGCCAUGGCUACCGCCUGCAGCUCGCUCCCGGGCCGACCUUCCAGGACAUACUUCGGACUCCCCCAGGCCCAGACGAGGCGGCAAGCAGAGGCUACCAAGAGAAAGCACCAAGUGUCCAGUGGUGCUCCACCAGCAAAACGGAGGAAUGAAAUAUCCUCUCUUUUGGCCAAGAAAACCAAUGAUAAAGAAACUCCAAGGACAUUUAAGGGGAGUGCACACAAAACGCUUCCUCCAAAGAAGUACUUGGAUAGUACAGGCAGUGGAAGACAAGAGAAGCCAUGCAUUAAGACUUCGUCACUGUUUAAAAACAAUCCUGAGAUCCCAGAACUCCACAGAGCUGUAGUAAAGCAAGCUCGAGAGCAAGUGUUCUCUCCAGAGGCUUUCCAGGAGCUGGACCUCCACCCACACCUAAUUUCCACAAUAAAUACAGUCUUAAAAAUGACGAGUAUGACCAGUGUUCAGAAGCAGAGUAUCCCAGUGCUGCUGGAAGGCAGAGAUGCCCUUGUGCGGUCCCAGACAGGCUCAGGUAAAACUCUUGCCUAUUGCAUCCCUGUGGUCCAGUCUCUUCAAGCACUGACAUCAAAAAUACAGCGCAGUGAUGGCCCCUAUGCUUUGGUCCUAGUGCCCACCAGAGAGCUUGCUCUGCAGAGCUUUGACACUGUCCAGAAGCUGCUCAAGCCAUUCACCUGGAUUGUUCCUGGAGUGUUGAUGGGCGGAGAGAAGAGGAAGUCGGAAAAAGCUAGACUUCGUAAAGGCAUAAAUAUCCUUAUCUCAACUCCUGGGCGUCUCGUGGAUCAUAUAAGAUCCACAAAGAACAUUCACUUUAGCCGAUUACAGUGGCUGGUUGUGGAUGAAGCAGAUAGGAUUUUGGAUUUGGGUUUUGAGAAGGACAUCACAGUGAUUCUGAAUGCUGUAAAUGCUGAGUGUCAGAAACGGCAGAAUGUUUUGCUGUCAGCAACACUCACAGAAGGUGUAACACGGCUAGCUGAUAUCAGUUUGCACAAUCCAGUCAGUAUCUCUGUCCUGGACAAAAUCUGGGACCAGCCCAAUCCUAAGGAAGAUGCUAGUGCCCAACUGGACAGCUUUGCCAUACCAGAGAGUCUUGACCAGCAUGUAGUGUUGGUUCCCAGCAAGCUGCGCCUUGUAUGCCUUGCAGCCUUCAUCCUGCAGAAGUGCAAGUUUGAAAAGGACCAGAAGAUGAUUGUCUUUUUCUCAAGUUGUGAGCUGGUAGAGUUCCACUACAGCAUCUUCGUUCACACCCUGUCUUGCCGCUCAGGGGCUCCCACUUCAGAGCAGCUACCAUCUGCUUCCUGGCCACUGAAAUUCCAUCGGCUGCACGGCAACAUGGAGCAGGAGGAAAGGACCUCUGUGUUUCACGAGUUCUCACAUUCCGGAACAGGAAUCUUACUCUGCACGGAUGUUGCAGCUCGAGGCUUAGAUCUCCCACAAGUCACUUGGAUUGUUCAGUACAGUGCUCCAUCUUCACCUGCAGAAUACAUUCACCGGAUUGGAAGAACUGCCCGGAUUGGCUGUCAUGGGAGCAGCUUGCUCAUUUUGGCUCCUUCAGAGGCAGAAUAUGUCAACUCGUUGGCUUCUCACAAAAUCAAUGUUUCUGAGAUUAAGAUGGAAGAUAUUUUGGCUGUCCUGACAAAGGAUGAUGGCUUUAAAAGGAGACAGAGAGGAGGCCAGAAAUCCCAUGCCACUGGCUCCCAGGAAAUCCGAGAACGAGCCACAGUAUUGCAGACAGUAUUUGAAGAUUAUGUGCACUCCAGUGAGAGGAUGGUCUCCUGGGCAAAGAAAGCUCUGCAGUCCUUCAUCCGAGCCUAUGCGACCUACCCCAGGGAGCUGAAGCCCAUUUUCCAUGUCAGAUCCCUACACCUUGGGCAUGUGGCUAAGAGCUUUGGACUAAGAGAUGCGCCUAGAAACCUCAGUGUCUCCACUGUGAAGAAGAAGGCAAGCUUGAAAAGGCCUGACCCUCGGAGGAAGACCCAGAAUAAGCACCACUUUGUGCUCGCUGAAGUCCUGCACUCAGAAUACUCGAGUGGUCUGGAGGCCAGCGGCAUGAAGAGUGGAAAGCAAGGCAAACCUCGGGGCUUUCAGGUGGCACCCAGCAAGCCAGGGCCAUGGAGAGAAUGAAGCUGCUCCUACGACCAGAAGGCUCACCACCAGCCAGCAAGCUUCUUUUGGUUGUUUUUAAUCUCUACAGGUCAGGGUGGAUCGUCA